AUGUGGAACUCUUCGACGUCCGCUGUUCAAGUGAAUGCUGGUACUUCCACAAACGAUCCUAAAACCGACACAUCUAACGACACAGGAACAGAAUCUCUUACAUGGAUCUCAUGGUUCUGUGGUCUCCCCGGUCACGAAUACUUUGCCGAAGUCGCCGAAGAUUUCAUUGAGGAUGAUUUUAAUUUAACUGGCUUAAAUUCAAUGGUCCCAUUUUAUAAAGAAGCACUUGAAAUGAUCUUGGAUGUUGAAUCCGAAGAAGAAACCUUAAAAGUACCAGACGUGUCAAUCGUUGAAACAUCUGCAGAAUUAUUAUAUGGCCUUAUACAUCAACGCUAUAUUAUUACACGCCAAGGAUUACAGCAAAUGGCAAGUCUAAAAAAUCUAAAUCUUUAUAUUUUUCCCUUGUUAUUGAAUGUUUCAAUUUCGAUUUACUGGAGUGAUAUGCCGGGUUUAGAGACCGUCAAGUUGUUUUGUCCAAGUUGUCUUGAUCUAUAUACACCGCCUAGUUCAAGAUUUCAUAACGUUGAUGGAUUUUUGGAUUCAAAGUCAGUGAAAAAAAGUCGUAGCGGUCCUAGAAUGCAAUGGUUAAGGCUGCGGCCAAGCGCAGCAGAAAGAGAAGCUGAAAGUCAUGACCAAUCAGAAGGUGGUGGAGAAAAUGAUGAUGGCGAGGAUGAUGAAUCCGUAUUGGGGCCAGGUGGCGGAGAAAAUAAUGAUAGUGCCGCUAUUAGUAGUACGAAUUAUGAUGGAGAUUAA